UAUAUAUAUACACACAUGGAUUUACCAAAAUAAAUCUCUCUAAUUUAGUAAAAAAAUAAAUAAAAAAUCUCUAAGAGCCAAACAUGAAAACCAUGUUCUUGGCCACUUUCUUUAUAUCUCUAGCUCUUCUAUCUUGUUUGGCGAUUUCAAUCACUGCUUCUCCCUCAAUACCAGCCGUUUUCGCUUUCGGGGACUCGACCGUCGACCCAGGCAACAACAAUGGCCUGACCACAAUCUUCCGCGGCGAUCACCCUCCUUACGGCCGAGACUUUCAGACUCACAUUCCCUCGGGAAGGUUCUCCAAUGGCAAGCUCAGUACAGACUACUUGGUCUCCAACCUUGGUAUCAAGGAUUUCUUGCCAGCCUACCUUGACGCCAGUGUCACUGACGCGGCCUUGACCUCUGGGGUUAGCUUUGCCUCAGGGGGUUCGGGGCUGGAUGAAGCCACCGCUACCCUUAACGGUGUUUUAAGCAUGGAGGCGCAGUUGAACUACUUCGAUGAAGCCAUGAGGAGAAUUGAGAUGAGCUUCGGAAAGAAUAGGAGUGAGGAGUUGGUGAGAAAAGCUUUGUUUGUUGUCAGUGUUGGGACAAAUGAUGUUGUCUUCAAUCUCUAUGGUGUAAUUCCCUCCGCCUUUCAGCGCUCGGCUUCCUCUUACCAUGACUUGCUUAUCCAAAGACUUGGCUCUUUCAUUCAGAGUUUAUAUGACAGAGGUGCAAGAAAGUUUGGGGUGGCAGGUCUCCCGCCGGUGGGGUGCUUACCGUUGCAAAUAUCAAUCGGUAGCUUUAUGCCAAGUGCACACAUGCUACAACGUUUCUGCGUUGACCAACAAAACGUUGACUCCCAAGCUUACAACUUGAAACUUCAACGUCUUCUCUCUACCCUUCAAUACUCUUUGCCCGAUUCUAGAAUGGUUUAUUUUGGAAUCUAUGACACCAUGAUCGACAUGAUCACAAACCCCUUCAAAUAUGGAUUUCAAGAAACCUUUCAAGGAUGUUGUGGAACAGGGUUGUUCGAAAUAGGUCCACUAUGUGUUGUGGGCAUGCCAACAUGUCCAGAUGCCUCCAAAUACAUCUUCUGGGACUCAAUGCAUCCUACUCAAGCUGCAUACUUGGCUAUUUCAAACCAAUAUGCACAAUCGGUGCUUCACCUUAACUAA